AUGAGGACGCAGGUGCUCUAUGGCACCUUUGCGGUCGCCUGCUUGCUAGUCUACUACAAGCUCGAGGCACCUGCCAAUGCCGCCUAUGACUAUUGGCUCACGCUGGCUGCAGGUUUGCAGGUGCUGGGUUUCACAAUGCUUGCCCUCGACACCAGCAGCAGCGCAGCCGAGGGCCUGAGUGAAAAGACGCUCUGGGCUUUCAUCAUUGCCCACGUCACUCGCAUUUCCACGACCGUGUGGGGCGAGGGCUACAUCCCAGAGGACAACACUGGCGAUGUCUUCUUGUACCAGGGUCUGGAACUGCUCGGGGUGCUUGUCGUCACAUUCCAGGUGAUGCGCCUAUCUGCGGUCCGCAGCUCGCAGGAUGUCGGACAGGGGAUCGAACGAUGGAGCCAACUUAUUGGCAUGAGCGUUUUGGCGGCCAUACUAGCGUAUUUCACGAAGAGCACUGGCCAUGACGACUAUUGGGCAGAUAUGAGUUGGAUGUUUUCGACGUGGAUGGAAGCGUUUGCUUUGGGCCCGCAGGUCUACUUGCUCGUCACCGGUGCGUGUGCCGUGGACGAGAGUGCUGCGCACUUCGCAGGUCUCACGCUUGCCUCUUCUGUAGUCUUCACAGCCUUCUGGGGCAGAGUCACCCGUGACCGAUACAGGGAGUUCGACCAAGACGGUGACCACACGUUUUUCCAUGCGAUUCUCACUGCAUGCUUUAUCCGAGUUGCUUUGUGCACAACAUACGUGUAUCUCUUUACGAAGCAGACGAAGAGGCGGCCCGAGUAUGAGCUUUGUGCCCAUGAUGAGCUAUGA